AUGCAGUCAGCAACAUUGGGCCUAGUGCGUGUAAGAAACCCAUUUCCACGAUACUUUUUACGCAGCUAUGCGGGAUUAGCAUAUAAUGCCAAUCCGUCUGGGACAGAGGAUAAAGGAAAGACAGCUUCAAAGAACGAUGAUGGGUCUAGUACUAUAUCUUCUCUAUCUCCUGGAAUAAAUACCGCGGCAAACUGGAUACAACACCCGAUACCUGAUCCUGCUUUUGAAGUCAUAUCAGCCGGUACUCCGGGUGCUUUGCUUUACGUGAAGAUUCCUCCUAGAUCAGAAAUAUAUGCAACUCCGGCGACAGUUAUUGCAGCAUCGGGCAAAGUCCGUACUGAGCGUUCGACAGAUGGGAAUAUUAUCAUGGCCAUGGGAAGAAAACUUGCUGGCGGUUUAUUGGUCUAUCAUAAGCUGAUUACAGACGCUUAUUCGGGUGAUGCAUUACUUGCACCCUCUCCAUUGUCAGAUAUUGCAGCAAUCCAGAUGGAUGGGCGUUCAGAUUACUAUGUACGCAAGGGAGCUUUUUUUGCGAAAGGACCGCGUGUAUCUUUAAAGGUUGAAAGGAUAAGAGGAAUGGGAGCUCUGAAUAAAUUCGCCUAUCGCAUCUCUGGGCGGGGUACUUUGGUAAUUUCCGGCCACGGCUCGAUCCAUCGUCUGGUAUUAAAUGCCGGUGAUGAAUAUCUGGUGAACCCGAAGCAUCUUGUUGCAUGGGACGCAUUUACUUAUCCGAUAAUAUCAUCUCCAUUGGUUGGCCGCUCGGGCCAUACAAGGCUAAAAUUUCUAUCAAAUAAAAUGGCAAACUUGGUACCCCAGAGAGCAUCGACGUUUAUUGAGAACGUGAAAAUGAGCCCAUCCGUGAAGUCAACAUUGGAUAGAAUUCGAAGGAUGACAGUCAGGACAAGAAAGUGGGCAUUGGGUGGGCCAGAGUAUUUGAAAUUAAGCGGUCCUGGAGACUUUUAUAUAGCGAGCCGUGUUGAGCCAGUUCUACUAGGACUGAAAUCUCUCACCUCGCCAACUAUAGAAGAACUCGAGGCAACGGAUGUACCGUUCACUCCUCCUGCCAGUAGGAUUCAACAGGCCCCUACGCCUCCGACAAUUUCAUACGCAGAAGUAACAAAUGGAACGGUCAAUUUCUUCCCUACAUCUUCGGCCUUAUCACCCACCCCUUCCAAGCCUAAGACUAGAAUAGGCCGUAUAAGUGGACUAUUACAACUAAGGAAAAUAUUUGGUGGUUGGUAG